AAUAAAUAUUUAAAAAAGGAUUAAUCAGCUCAGGGUUCCCCAACUAGAAAGGAGUAGACCAAAGAAUCUAUUCAGACAGUCUGACUCCCGAUUUGACAUAACAAAGUUCUAAUGUAGAGCCAUCCAACAAUGGGACUACUUACUACUUUGUUGUGAUUUGCUAGAAUAAUACAGAGGAAAUUUCCUCUAAUCCUGUUGCCCUUCCAUUUUGGGGAGGGGGUAAAACCAGAUUACCACAUUCAAUCCUCUGCCUCCCUAAAGAAGCAACUGUAGUUUACAUAUAAAUGCAGAUUGCAAAUCCAGGAAGUCUCUAAGGAAGACACUUCCUCUAACGGCUAUUCUUUUUCCAGUUACCAUUUACUGCUUAUCACCACCAGGUGGCACCUGGGCAACAAAAUCGUCAAUGGGCGGGGACCCACCCUGUUUACUAGCUCUGGUGUCUGCAUUGCAGCUGCUGAUUGUGUGGCUCUUGGCCCCAGCUGGGAAGAGACCUUCCUGAGGAUGAGUUUUUUGUGUUCCAUAUGCCAUCUUCAUUAGGAUGGUCUGACAGUCUAGAUGGGUUGAGGAAGGGAGAAUUUUGGAACCUCCAUAGGUUACCCUGUCUCCCAUCUUAAGACCCCCUCUCUCUACUCCAAUGCUUGGCAAAUUUCAGUUUAUAGGGAGGUUUCCCUAUAAGGAGCUUCAUUCAUUUUUCUCCUAUAGUUCUGCUUCAUCAGCUGGGGAGCUGAUCAUUCUUACCUCCUUCAAACUCCUUAAGCUCCUUUUCUACCUGCUCACCUCUGAGAAUAUGGAGGACAUAGGAGGCAGAUAGAAAAUUGUUCCUACACUGCUCUGCAAAAUGAAGAGGCAGUCUAGAUAAUGUAAGCCUCAGAGAAGUAGAGAAAGGGAAGUGAGAAGUUUCAAGAUUGGGCAGCAAUAGAUUUUAAGCAGCUUUGAUGAAACACAGCCUGAUGAAUUCUAUGCCCUGCAGAGCCAGAAAAACUUUAUCAGCUGCAGAUCUAGUCUCGUCUCAGUGAUCAACUCUAGUUCCCCUGCUGUAUCAAACAGAGUAAAGCCCCAUAAAUACUGCAUUAAACAGUAAUCAUUUUAUGACCAAUCCCUUCCCUCCAGGGUUUCCAGUUAGUCUAGUUUUUAAGUCCCUGGACAACACUCCACCUCUAAGUCCAGUUAACUAGUAGCAGUUGUCUUCAUCAAUGUGCCCUGCAUUUCCUCCUUCCUGAACCGAACUAUACAUUACAGUGUAGAACUGUAUUAUCCCAACUUUCUGACCGUAUCCCAGACCUUCUUUCUAACAAUGGCAAAUGAGAAACGGAACCGUCUCAUUACUCUUGGUUUCUUAUAUUUGUGUUCUAGCAGUUGUCAAGGUCAGGAAGUGCUUGGAAAAUAUAAUAAUUUCUGCUCUAACUGAGCCUCCCCCUUUUUGUAGCCAAAUUAGUUUUAAUCUGCUGUCUAUUAUAGAAUAGACUAAUUCUUGGAGAUUUCUAAAAAGAAAAAAAGCCUCACUUCCUGUUCAUUCCGCUCCUGCCCCCCUUCCCGGAGGGCUAGAUGAUCUCAACUGUAAUUUUCGGAUUCUCCAGUUUUCUCUAGCUUCUGUCAUUGCACUGCAUGGACUGGGUAGAGGACUAGGGACAGGAUAGGCAGAGUAGGUAGGCCGUAGAACACUUUCAUUCCAAAUAAGGCCGUUUCCUUUCCUUGUUAAAGAUAGCCAGGAACAUAUCGAAAGAAUGUGCCUAGGAUAUGAAAACUAUCCCUAGCUGACAAAUGAACAUGCAGGAAUUCCAGGCCAAAUCCUGCCAAACCGAAUGGAGUAGGAGGGAAUCCUGGCCCUCCACAAACCCUCAAUUUCGCAAGUCCGGUUCUCUCUAAAACCAAGUAAUUGGCGAUGCAGCUCUGUGUGAUGUCAAACCACAAGCAGUCCAAUCCCACGUUGGGGAGCUCCUGGUCCCGCCUCUUUAAAUGGUAGGCCACACCUCCUUCUCUUUCUAGCCAAUCCAGUGCUGCUCUUUAGCCUCUUUCUUCCUUUUCCCGCCUUUGGCACUCUCGUCCAAUCACGGAGGCCCUGCCUCCCCCCAGCCCUCUCCCCUUCCUGGAGGGAGAGGGGAGGGGCUUCGAGCUUUUGACUCCACCUCGGUCUCUGCGGCGCGGACCAACCCGAAGCAUUAGAAAGAAAGGGUGUGGCUUGAUGUCCCCUCCCCCAUUUUAGGGUUUACGGUAUGCUGGGGGGCAGCUGGUUUUAAGACUAGGCAACCUCCAGCGGGUCUCUAGGUCCCGCGGUUCCUCCCAGAAGUGGCACCAUGGAGGGCUCCCCUGGAGACAGCUCCAGCCCCAGCCCCAGCCCCGAGGACCAGCCCUCAGUUCCUUCCGACCCCCCAGACCUGACUCCCACUGCGCACACACAGCCAGACCUGAGUUCUGAGGACCAACCUGCCCGCCCAGGCGCGGCGGGUGAGGCUCUGGCGAUGCUAACUUCGUUCGGGCGGCGGAUGCUGGUGCUGGUGCCGGUGUACCUGGCCGGGGCAAUGGGACUCAGCGUGGGUUUCGUGCUUUUCGGCCUCGCCCUCUACCUGGGCUGGCGCCGGGUCCGCGAAGAGAAAGAACGGAGCCUUCGAGUAGCGCGGCAGCUGCUGGACGAUGAGGAGCGGCUCACGACGAAAACACUUUACAUGAGCCAUCGAGAACUGCCUGCGUGGGUCAGCUUCCCGGAUGUGGAAAAGGCUGAGUGGCUAAAUAAGAUUGUGGCCCAGGUCUGGCCUUUUCUGGGCCAAUAUAUGGAGAAGCUUUUGGCUGAAACUGUGGCCCCUGCCGUUCGAGGCUCCAACCCCCAUUUGCAAACAUUUACAUUUACACGAGUGGAACUGGGAGAAAAGCCAUUGCGCAUCCUAGGAAUCAAGGUUCAUCCUGGUCAGAAUAAAGAACAGAUCCUGCUAGACUUGAACAUCAGCUAUGUAGGUGAUAUACAGAUUGAUGUGGAAGUGAAGAAAUAUUUCUGCAAAGCAGGAGUCAAGGGCAUGCAGCUUCACGGUGUCCUGCGGGUGAUUCUUGAGCCACUCAUUGGAGACCUUCCUAUCGUAGGGGCUGUGUCGAUGUUCUUUAUUCGGCGCCCGACCCUUGAUAUCAACUGGACAGGGAUGACGAACCUGCUGGAUAUCCCAGGACUCAGCUCGCUCUCCGACACCAUGAUCAUGGACUCCAUCGCUGCCUUCCUUGUGUUGCCCAACCGAUUGCUGGUGCCCCUUGUGCCUGACCUUCAUGACGUGGCCCAGUUACGUUCCCCUCUUCCCAGGGGCAUCAUUCGGAUUCACCUGCUGGCUGCCCGAGGACUAAGCUCCAAGGACAAAUAUGUGAAGGGCCUGAUUGAGGGCAAGUCAGACCCCUAUGCACUUGUGCGAGUGGGCACGCAGACAUUCUGUAGUCGUGUCAUCGACGAGGAGCUCAACCCCCAGUGGGGAGAGACUUAUGAGGUGAUAGUGCAUGAGGUUCCAGGUCAGGAGAUUGAGGUGGAAGUGUUUGACAAGGACCCAGACAAAGAUGAUUUUCUGGGCAGAAUGAAGCUGGAUGUAGGGAAGGUAUUACAGGCUGGAGUACUGGAUGACUGGUUCCCUCUACAAGGCGGGGAAGGCCAAGUUCACUUAAGGCUAGAGUGGCUGUCACUUUUGCCAGAUGCAGAAAAACUGGAGCAGGUUCUACAGUGGAACCGAGGAGUCUCCUCCCGACCAGAACCCCCAUCAGCUGCCAUCUUAGUUGUCUAUCUGGAUCGGGCCCAGGAUCUCCCUCUAAAGAAGGGGAACAAGGAACCCAACCCCAUGGUACAACUGUCAAUUCAGGAUGUGACCCAGGAGAGUAAGGCUGUCUAUAGCAACAACUGCCCGGUGUGGGAGGAGGCCUUCCGAUUCUUCCUGCAAGACCCUCAAAGCCAGGAGCUUGAUGUACAAGUGAAGGAUGACUCCAGGGCCCUGACUUUAGGGGCACUGACCCUGCCCCUGGCUCGCCUGCUGACUGCCUCUGAACUCACCCUGGACCAGUGGUUCCAGCUCAGCAGCUCUGGCCCAAACUCCAGGCUCUACAUGAAGCUGGUUAUGAGGAUCUUGUACUUGGAUUCAUCAGAAGUGCACUUCCCCACUGUUCCUGGUGCCGCUGGUGCUUGGGACCCAGACAAUGAGAGUCCCCAGACAGGCAGCAGUGUGGAUGUCCCACCUCGACCCUCUCACACUACUCCUGACAGUCACUUUGGGACCGAGAAUGUUCUUCGGAUCCAUGUGCUAGAGGCCCAGGACCUGAUUGCCAAAGACCGUUUCUUGGGGGGAUUGGUGAAGGGCAAGUCAGACCCCUAUGUGAAACUAAAGCUGGCAGGCCGGAGCUUUCGGAGCCGUGUUAUUCGGGAAGAUCUCAAUCCCCGCUGGAAUGAGGUUUUUGAGGUGAUCGUCACAUCGAUUCCAGGCCAAGAGCUAGAGGUUGAGGUUUUUGACAAGGACCUGGACAAGGAUGACUUUCUGGGCAGGUGUAAAGUGAGUCUCACCACAGUCCUGAACAGUGGCUUCCUUGAUGAGUGGCUGACCCUGGAGGACGUCCCAUCUGGCCGCCUGCACUUGCGCCUGGAGCGUCUGACCCCCCAUCCCACUGCUGCUGAGUUAGAGGAGGUGCUGCAGGUAAACAGUUUGAUCCAGACUCAGAAGAGUGCGGAACUGGCGGCAGCCCUGCUGUCCGUCUACGUGGAGCGGGCUGAGGACCUGCCGCUCCGAAAAGGUGCCAAGCCUCCCAGCCCUUAUGCUACUGUCACUGUGGGAGACACUUCUCAUAAAACUAAGACUGUUCCCCAAAGUUCAGCCCCUGUCUGGGAUGAGAGUGCCUCCUUUCUCAUCAGGAAACCAAACACCGAGAGCCUGGAGUUACAGGUCCGGGGUGAGGGGUCUGGUGCAUUGGGCUCACUAUCCCUGCCCCUCUCAGAGCUCCUUGAGGCUGACCGGCUCUGUGUGGACCGCUGGUUUACGCUCAACAAUGGUCAAGGGCAGGUGCUACUGAGAGCACAGCUGGGGAUCCUGGUGUCCCAGCACUCAGGAGUGGAAGCUCACAGCCACAGCCAUAGCUACAGCUCCUCAUCUCUGAGUGAAGAACUAGAGCUCUGGGGGGGGCAGCCUCACAUCACCUCCUCAGGCCCAGAGCUCCGGCAGCGCCUAACCCAUGGUGACAGUCCCGCUGAGGCUCCAGCUGGGCCUCUGGGCCAGGUGAAACUGACUGUUUGGUACUACAGUGAGGAGCGAAAGCUCGUCAGCAUUGUUCACAGUUGCCGUGCCCUUCGACAGAAUGGGAGGGAUCCCCCUGACCCCUAUGUGUCACUGUUGCUGCUGCCAGACAAGAACCGGGGCACCAAGAAGAAGACCUCACAGAAGAAGAGGACCCUAAAUCCUGAAUUCAAUGAACGGUUCGAGUGGGAACUGCCCCUGGAUGAGGCCCUCCGACGAAAGCUGGAUGUCUCUGUGAAGUCUAAUUCCUCUUUCAUGUCAAGAGAGCGUGAGCUGCUGGGGAAGGUGCAGUUGGAUCUCGCUGAGAUAGACCUUUCCCAAGGCGCAGCCCAGUGGUAUGACCUCAUGGAUGACAAGGACAAAGGCAGCUCCUAGGAGCCGGGAUUAACAGCCUGCUGUCUCUUUGCCUUGCCUCUUGCUGCAUUACUGCCUCAAUGCAAUGAGCCAAAAGCUAGGGCUUUAGAGCUGAGCCUGCAGCCCUCAGCCCUCUCACCUCUCAGGCUCACACUCGGGCCUUUGCCUGACCAAAGAGGAAGACCAUAUGUUACCCUUUCUUUACUGCACGGCCUUUAUUCUGGGCUCCUGGAGCAGGGACCUGAGCUGGCUAUUUCCUACUCCGCCUGCAAAGUCUCCUUUCUUCCCAGCUCUUCAGGGCCUUCUGUACCUGUGCCUGGCCACUGGCAGCACUAGCAGUGGCAUUAGCUUAUGCCAAAUACACUUUUGGAAAGAUCUUUUCUCUUUAUCACCUUCUUCCCUGUUGUAAACAAGGAGGGAAAAUACAUGGGUGGGAAGGUGGAUAGGCUCACCACUCAAGCUCUGACCCUCGGAUGACUGCAUGUAGCAAAUAUAUAGCAACCCAGGCCCCCAUGGCCAAUUCUGUCCCCACUUUCCUCAAGCCUGUCCUGAAUUUUAUACCUGCUAUGAUGACUGGUGCCAGCCAGUCUCCUGAUUCACUCUGGGAAUUGAGAGCACUUGGGUUCUAAUCAAGCCUCAACUAGCAGGUAUCACUCUUGGAACCUUUGGAUGGUGCUGUGCAGAGGGCCUUCUAGGGCUCAGGACAGCAGGGCCAAUUUCUUUGUCUAGAUGCCUAGGCUGUUAACUCACUAAUUAGAACUAAAUCUCAUUCUGCACCAACUCUGCCAAUUCACUGUGUCUUACAUUAAACAUUAUAAUCAAACCAGCUGUGGCUCUUUUCCUUAAGGACAGGGAAUCCAGCCUACCCAUCAGAUGCUUAUUCCAAGUGUCACAAGCCUUUAUUCAAUUCUCAAAUCAUGUCAGUUUACUUAGUAGUCAGAACCUACUGUGGUUGCAGCCGCCAAGAAGGUUGGUUCUGUUGAGGACAGUCAAAGGACCUGUGUGAAGCAGCUGCUACUGAGUUUCUGGUGAGAUUCAUUCCCAGUCACUGAUGAAGUAUGUUACCCAACUUGUCUGCUGACCAUUAUCUCAUGGACUCUUCAGGGAAAGGAUUCCCAAACCCAGUGAACCUGGAAGCUCUGUGCCUCAGCACAGGCUCAGAGUGUCUCAGUAUAAUGUUUACUUACAACCAAAAAGAUGUUAGGCCCAUCCGAUGGGCAGCUAAAUGAGAAGUACCGUAUUAUGCUGUGUAUAAUGCACACUUUUCUGCCCAAGUUUUUGAGGG